UAACGUGCUAAAUUAACCUUUGAAUAAGGCUCUAAUUAGCUAGCUCCAUCCAUUAUGCGAUAUUAUAUAUUUUUUUGAGUAAAUACCUGGUAGUUGUUUUAUUUUUUUUGGCGGAGGAAUAUAUGCCGUCAGUCAAGACGGAAAAACGCGCUGAUGGACACCGUGUGCUGAUGUUUGAGCGUAGUAGUUUGAGCUAGUAACGGCAGGAGCGACCGGGACAAUAAACCUAAUGCUGGAUUAAAUCAUUAAGACAGGGUUUGACAUCGAUGGAAUAUAUUUUAUCGUUUUGAUUUACGCAACCUCAGGUAAGUUGUUUUGAAAUGCCUUUGCUUGGGAAGAUAGUGGUGAUCAAGAGAAAUGGAGGAGAUGGCACUGAAUUUCCCCUCACAGCGUCCUGUCUGUUCGGAAGGAAGCUGGACUGUGAUAUUCGGAUUCAGCUGCCACAGGUGUCUAAAGAGCAUUGUAAAAUUGAGCUGAAUGAGAACAAGGAGCUCAUUUUGAUCAAUUUGAGCUCUGUGAACCCCACACGUAUUAAUGGACAAGUUCUUAAUCAGUCGGAGCGUUUAAAGCAAGGUGAUCUCAUCACAAUCAUUGAUCGUUCUUUCAGGUUUGAGUACCCACCUCCUAAGACACCGAAGAAGAGGCUGUCCACACCUGGAAAAGACAAAGCAGUUCAGGCUUUGCAAGAGCAGCAGGAAAAAGGCACACCUGUUCCUGUGGAAAAGAGAAAGUCAGAGCAUUCGUUUGAUACUUGUUUAAAAGAUGGGUCAAAUUUGCCACCAUCUGUGGAACAAACUGUUGAGACUGAACCAGAAGAUGGCAAACUUAAAAAGGACAGCAUGUCACCAUUUUGUGAGCUUUACCAAAUGGUCAAACAGGACCUUGCUGCAAAAUCACCAUGGAAGUCUGAGCUACCAAAAACACCUCUUGCAAGACCUCAGGUUGGUCACGAGAAAGUUGCCGCUGCAGAUGUUAAUAGUAGUCAGAAACAGGUCACAACCCCAUCUACCAAGAAGCGAAGAUCCUCGAAAUCCAAUUCUGAAGAUACAACUGGACCAGCUAUACCUCAGAGCUCAUUUAAUGCAAAUGUGGAAGAAAACCCCACUGACGAUGUGCCAUCUAUAGAGUCCACCACCCCCUCAAUGACAGAGAAAUGUGUAACUCCUGUCUCCCAGAAGAAUAGAACACCCUUGAAAACACCUCAGAAGUUCAGUGCUUGUGAGGUAGUCCAGCAAAUUCUUUUACAGCCACUGCCUGAAGAGAAAACUCCUAAAUCCCCAAAAGGAAGGAGAAGUGGUGGAUCACAGGAUCAGAGCUUUGUUCAUCAAAUACCUUCAGUCCAGCCUCAGACUCCAGGCCCAAAGGAUAACAACACUGAAGUGAAGAUGUCACCUAGAACAUCCCCAAGAGCAAAUGCUGGCAAAAGGUUUCAAUUCCAAGAUGUUCUGCCUGAAGUUACAGCUACCACAUCAGCUUCUAAGAAGGAAGAUGACACUUCAGUAAAUGAGCUAUUUGAUGGUAAUGAAUCUCGCAAUGAAGUAACCGUUCCAAAAGCAAAGAAAAAGCGAGUGUCCUUUGGUGGUCAGUUGAGUCCAGAGCUAUUUGACAAAUGCCUGCCCCCCAAUUCCCCCCUUCGCCGUGGGGCAACCCCACGACACAGUUUGGGUCCUUCCCAAAAACCCCAAUCUCUCUUACAACGAGCAUCCACCAUUGGUCUUUUGGCUCUUCGACUUAAAGAAACCGUUUCAGAGGCUCGAAAAAGUUCUCCAAAGAAAGCUUCACCCAAAUGGACAGCAUCUCCAGUGAAGACUCCAUCACCUGCCAAAAGGUCACUGGGUACCAAGGCUACAACUCCAUCACCUGCCAAGAGGUCACCGGGUACCAAGGCUAAAACUCCAUCAUCUGCCAAAAGGACACCGAGUGCCAAGGAUAAAAAUCCAUCACCAAAACCUCAAAAGUCACCAACUGCUUCAACCAAAGCACCAACACCAUCCUCUACUCCUGCUACACCCAGGACACCUGCAUCUGCUAAGAGAGCAUCAACUUCAACGAUUGAGGCUGUGGGUGACAUGUCUUUAACUGAGACACCUCUGGCGCAGGGAAGGUUUUCAGUCUCUCGUAUAAAUACUCCAUCACCUGUCCAGGACCAGGGGAACAUGUCUGAACCACAGUCAGCCAUUGCAGAAGACAUGCCCCAGAAGUGUGUAACACCAAAGAUACACUUAAGGAGGAAGAGCAUGAAGUCUUCUGCAAGAAAAACUCCCAAAAGUGCAAUUAAAAGUGUUCUUGAUGUCAUUCGUUCAAGACGCAGUGGAGCAUCACGGGCUAAUCUAAAAGUGUUGACCUCUUGGGCUGAUAUUGUGAAGUUUGGUCAGACCCAACCUCAAACAGAAGUUACAACUAAGAAUAAACCUACAAAGAGCAGUAUAGUGAAGAGAACUGUAGUGAUAAAACCCAAGACACCUGCACAGAGGCUGAAAGAUGAUGUUAGCACUGGGCAUGCAGCAUCUCCAGUCACCAUUGUUGUUGGCAAAGCCCAUAUGAGGACUAACCAGUCUGUUGCUGCUGCACCUAAAAUAGUGCCAAACAUAGCACUAUUCAAGAAGGACAUGAAAAUGGAUGAGGACUUGACAGGUGUUGCAGAGAUUUUCAAAACACCAGCCAACACCAGGUCUAAGAAUAGAGUUCUUUUGAAUAAUGAAUGUCCAGGGAUUGCUCUGGAUGAGGUUUCAGUGAUGAAAACACCAGAGGAAUCAGGUGAAAUGUUGGUGUCGCCAUUAAGUGUGGUCUCCACUGCCAAAUCUGGUCGCUACAACAAUGAAGCAGUAACACGACUACUACUGGACAACCAGGAUGGUACUUUGUUGGAAGACGAAGGUCUUUCUCAACUCCCUGACAACUCUAUUGAGACAAGUUGCCAUGACAUCAUUCCAGAUGUAGAGACACCUUCUAAUGUCCAAAUAGAGAAAGAGGCUGCUGCACCUGAAACAGUAGUCAAAACCCCAAAACAGAAAGCUGCACCAUCCUUGUGCCUCACUGGAGUCAAGCGACUCAUGAAGACACCCAAACAGAAGGCUGAACCAAUUGAGGACUUAAGAGGAAAGCUGCUCAAGACCCCCAGGGAAUGUAAACCUCCCCAGGGUGAAAGUCUAGAAGGCAUUAAGGAACUCCUAAAGACUCCCAAAUACAGGGGAGCUCCAGUAGAAGACAUGGUUGGAGUGAAAAGAGUGAUGCAGACUCCAAAAGAGAAGAGCAAUCCUGUACUCUGUGCAUCUGGUCUUCAGAGGCAUAUGAGAACACCCAAAGAAAAGGCUGAGCAACACGAAGACCUCACUGGUGUGAAAGAACCGAUGAAAACACUGGAAAUAAAGGAGGGCAUGGUGGAGAAUCAAUUACGGCUGAAAAGAUUGGCGAAGACACCUAAACAGAAGAGAAAUCAAGUUGAAGAGAAUCUAACUGGUGUUCAGCAACUGAUGAAGACCCCUAAACACAAAGGAGAACCAGUUGAAGAUCAGAUGGGUAUACAAAGGCUAAUGCAGACUCCCAAAGAGAAAGUUGAACCUGUAGAAGACGUCUCUGGUUUGAAUCAGUUAAUGCAGACUCCCAAGUUAAAAGGAGAACCUGUCAGCAGGCAGUUUGAAAUCAGUGAACUGAUGAAGACCCCUCAACUUAAAGAAGCAAUGGCAGAGGAGUCCACUGGCCUUAAAGAACUCGAACCAGAGAACAGCUCUUCCCUGACAACAGAAAGUAGUGUGACUGGGCCUACCGAGAUACAAGAACCGGUGGAAAGUGGCUCUGCAUUCAUGCCAGCUGAAGGCGAGUUAAAACUGGGUUUGGAUGAGGAAUGCGACAAAGAAAAUGUCUGUCAGGUUGAAACCAUGGAGACUAAAGUUUUAAAAUCUGUGGAUUUCCAGUGCACAGCUAAAGCAGUUGAAUCUAAUCAGAGUCAUCCAGAGAUUGAGACUGUAAUUCCCCAGGAAAGACACCCUGACCAGAUUGAAGAGGAGACUGUUUCAGUUGAUGCUACUGAUGUCUGUUCUUCUGGGGCAGAUAAGAAAACCCAAGAGCAGUCUGAAGAAACUGCAUGCGUAUCUGGUAAUACCAACGCAACAGUUGAAGCUACCCCAACUUCAUCCACUGCUGAGCAAGAGGAGCUAAUCAAGUCUCCACCUGCCAGCAAAAUUCAGCGUGGCACUCGAGGAAGAGCAGCACAGAAAUCCAAAAAUGGUAACAACGAAAUGGCCAAAGCACCUGCUGUGUUGGCAUUAAUUGAAGAGGAAAAUAUGAGUAGUCCACUUCCCGCUACUAGGGGAAGGAGAGGCAAGAAACUUCUUGAAGUUCCAGAAAUCACUGCCAGCCCAAUUAGAAAAUCAGCCCGUGGUAGAAUUCCCAAGCACAGCUUUGUGGAAGAAGAGGCCAAGAAUACUGAGACUUCACAAGUGCCUGUAAAGUCCAGGAAUACUGAGAUGCCAGACUGCCUGCCUGUCGUUACCAAACCCAGGAAAGGAAGAAAAGCUAAGCAAGAUGGUGCUGAUGCUGCAGUUGCGUCCACUCAUGAUGCAAAUGCUGUUGACCCACAGUGUCCAGAUGCAAAUGAAGAGCAGGUCCAAGCCCCUCUUGUGAAACCUGGGAGGAGAAAGAAGCUGGAUAAAACCGAAAGACAACCUUCAGAAGAACUUGAACAGAAAACAACUGAAAUUGUUUGUGAGGAAAAUGCUGUUGCACCAGAGGAUGUCAAGUUGCAGACUUCACUAGGUACUGAGACGAUCUCUGCAACUAGAGCUAGGAGGGGAAGGCCAGCAAAGAAGGAAUACUUGAAAACCGAGCCAACCCCUGCUUUGGAAAGCGAAAUUAAAAGCACUCAUGCUGUUGUAGUGGCUGAGAAGCCAGUGAUACCUGUAGCAAAGUCAGUGCGAGGAAGGAAAGGUAAAAAAGAAACUGUCAAGGACCAACCCUUGGAUGAUGAUGAUGAUGUCAUGGUUGUUUCCAAAACUGUGGCAGAGGCCAAUGUUGACCAUAAAGAGGAGCCUGAAACUCCUGUGGUCAAGUCUGGCAGAGGACGAAAAACCAAACAGCAGAAACCACAAAUGGCUGAAGAGGUUGUUGACCAACCUGCUGUAGAUACCAGCACACAUUUACCUGUGACUGAAGAACACACUGAAACAGUGGUAAAAUCUGUGAGAGGAAAUAGGAAGACAAAGCAGUCAAAGGAGACUGUUUCAGUUGAGGCUGAGGAGAACGUUGUCAGCCCGGUUGAACAAGCAGAGACCCCUGUUGUGAAAUCGGGUCGAAAAAGGGCUGUUAAUGCAAAGGAAACUGAAAUGGUGGCAGACGUUUCUGUCAAAAGAGGUCGCCGUGCUGUUGCAGACCCUGCACCACCAGUUGCUGUGGUGUCUAGCCGUGCACGUAAAGCAGUUGUCAAAGUAGAGUCUGAGGUUACUGAGGAUGUAGCUUCAUCAGAAGAGCCAGUUAAGCCUGUUAAACAUACCAGGAGAACAGCAAAAGCACCUGAAUCAAAGAAACAAGAAAAUACCAUGAUACAGGCAGGUUCUGAAUUUGUUGCUGCUGAGAAAACACCAGGUGUUGCACUGGAGAAAGUGGAAAGAGGAAGCCGUGGCAAAAAACUGAAGGAUUCAACUAAGAACAUCCCUAACAACCCAAUCAAUGAAUCUGCUACAGCUGAGGAAGCUAGUAAAAUAAAACCCUCAAGAACAGUUAACUGGAACCCAGAUUUGGUCGUCUGUAAAGACAUUGAAGAGUCUGAAACUUCUACAGAUGUAAAAGAGCCACAGCUGAAGAAAUCCAAAAGGUUAGGCAAAUUACCAGCUGAGACGACCUCCACAGAAUCAAAUCAAUCAACUGAUCUGCCACCCAGAGGCCGCAGAGGGAGAGGAGCGAAAAAAGAAGAAAUUCCCGUUGAAGAGACUCAAGAAGAAGCUCAGAUAAACGUCAAGCCAUUGAGAAGAGGAAAGGCAGUGGCUCCUUCUGCGCCCAAAUCGAAGCCCACUGAUAGUAAGACAUCAACUCCCCUCAAAAGAAAAAGGAAUGAGGUGAUUGAGGUAACGGAUGAGUCCGUAAAUAAGCAACCUUUGCCAAAGAGAAGAGGCAGAGUAGUUGAAGUUGCAGCAGAGGUCUCCAGCAAAGAGAAAACGCCUGAAGCUGAACCAGAAAAGGCUGAGCCUACUCCCAAGAAGACUGGAAAUAAAGCUACAAGAGGACAGAAAAGGACAGCCCAGGAACCAGAUCCAGCACCUGCUAAGUCUGUUUCAGGAACUACCACUCGAAAAGCAAGGAGUGUGAAAAAAGUCAAGGAAGUAGAUGUCCCUACAGAGGCAGCUCCUGUCAGGCGCACCAGGAGGAAGUAAAGCACUGAUCUUACAGAGUGGUCUUAAUUAUCUAUUCUCUGUAAUCUCUGAAAAAAGUUUUAGUUUUAUAUGUUUGUAAUAUUGCAUUGUUUUUUUUUUCUAUACAUUUUUCAGUGUAAUUUUAGCUGAUUUUAUCUUAGGGAAAACUGUGUACACUUAUCAAAUGUGUUUUUUAUGUUCUCUUAAACUCAGAUGAAAGGGGCAUUGAAAGUAUAGGCAGGCUUGUUUUUACUUCAAGAAAAUGUUUAAAGACUUUCUGCAUUUGAACUGUUAACUUCCGUCAAAUACAUUUAUCUUCUUUAUUCCUUUUGUAUUUUUUUUUUUUAAAGAAUAAAAUAAGUGAGGGGUGCAAAACCAGGUUUGAUCUGUCACAAUUCUUAAGCCCAAGAGUGUGUAUUGUGCUGUAGUGGUAAGUGUACAUGUGACAUGGAUGAAAGUUUUCAUUAAAAAGAUUUCUCACCUCA